AUGGCCGGUGACCAAGCCAAUGAAUCGGCCUUUGCCUACCAUGAGCCACCAAUUGCCACCGUCCUGAACCAGGCUGGAUUCUUAUUGGUGCUUAACCUGGUCAAUGUCUGCCUGGACAAGCUUCUGUAUUGUGGCCUCAUCGGUCAAUUGUUCAUUGGGAUCCUCUGGGGCACCCCUGGCGCGAAAUGGCUCGAUCGAGAGAUGGAGACCGUUAUUCAGCAGCUGGGGUAUCUGGGUUUAAUUAUGCUUGUAUAUGAAGGUGGCCUGUCAACUUCAAUCAAAGCGCUGAGAGCGAAUCUUCUGGCGUCAGUUUCGGUGGCGAUUACGGGAAUCGGGGUACCCAUGGGGCUGUCCUUCAUCCUCAUCGAACUAGUUGGCGCAACCUCUCUGCAGGCAUUCGCUGCUGGAGCCGCCCUCAGCGCGACAAGCCUUGGCACCACGUUCACGAUCCUGUCGACUACGCAGCUGAUUUCCACGAGACUCGGUACUGUGACCACCAGUGCUGCGAUGCUAGACGAUGUGGUCGGUCUUGUCAUGGUCAAGAUCAUUUCCAAUCUCGGUGGUAGCGCUGCCUCAUUUAGUGCCACUACCGUGGUGCGACCGGUGUUUGUCUCCGUCGGGUUCGCAAUCGGGUUGUUGCUCCUCUGUCUUUUCUGCCUUCGUCCGAUCUUGAGGAAGCUGCUCUCCAUGACAGACAAGAUGCCCAAGGUUAUGGGCACGUUUGAGUUCGCUUUCGUCGCACAUACCUGUGUUUUGGUUUGCGUUGUCGGUGGUGCGACCUACGCCGGCACCUCCAGUCUUUUCGCUGCGUACAUGGCGGGAGUUAUCAUCUCCUGGUUCGAUGGGAUGGUGGUUGAGUCUAGAGAGGCUAAGGGCGAGUCUAAUGCCAGCCAACCAGAAGGAGAUUUGUUGAGGUCAACAGAAAAUACCACAUCUGCAGCGGUAGAAACCAGCAGUGAGGUGUCAAACAAGAGCAACACACACAGUCGAGUCCCGACGGGUGAACUGGUAUAUGAAAAGUACUACAAGCAACCUGUGAACAGGAUCCUGAUUCCGCUGUUUUUUGCGUCGAUCGGCUUCGCCAUUCCCAUUACCGAAAUGUUCAAAGGGGAAAUUGUGUGGCGCGGUGUCGUGUACGCCCUGUUGAUGACAUUUGGCAAAGUAAUUACGGGGCUGUGGCUCGUCCGCUUCUCAUCUUCCUCUGGACUGGGCCAUCUGGUGUCUGUCAUCACCAAACCCCUGUCCUACAUGACCCUCUUAUGCCCUACUCCAGGGCGUAAGUCGACCGUGAAUAGGAAGAGCAAAAAUGCUGGUGAGACAAACCAAUCCCAGAGCGAACCAAUGAACGAUUCAGACAACAGUCAAUCAUCAGGCGACCAAGAUGAGAAAGCAGGAGACCAAACCAAGGAGCCCAACACCUCGAAGCAGCAGCAGCGGCCUGAACCAGCCUCAACGUCCCGCACAUCGCUCUCCCUUCCUCCCAAGCCAAAAUCGCUGUAUCCGCCUGCAAUCCUCGGACUAGCAAUGGUUGCGCGAGGGGAGAUCGGCUACCUGAUUGCGUCGCUUGCCGAGAGCCAAGGCAUGUUCUCGAAUGGCUCUGCCUCGGGCGGGCCGUCGGAGACGUAUCUCAUAAUCAUCUGGGCCAUCUCGCUGUGCACGCUUGUAGGUCCGAUUGCUGUUGGGACCCUGGUGAAACGGGUCAAGAAUCUCCAGCAGAGUAGAUUGGAUUCUGGGGGCCCUGACCCGCUGGGUGUUUGGGGGAUUUGA